AUGACUACUCCCACUUUAAUCAACCUACCACCUCCCCCCUCGGACCCUGUCACUCCUUCGGAUAUGGGACCAGGUACUCCUAACUCCGGCACGACAUCGCUCUCCGCACUCUCCACGACUGCAAUCAAAGACGGUCACCAUGGCGCCCCCUUCCCCCAUGGCCACCACGCCCACCAAUCCUCCUCUGCCUCCACAUCCUCUACAAAUACCCUUGAUGCCGAACGCGCCGACCGCAUCUCUCGCCUCGCUGGUCUGGAACGUGUUGCGACCGCUCGCGCCGGCGGCCAGUCGCCCGCCAACGCCGAGCGUAGCACUGUCGGCAGUGCCAGUGCAACUGCCAGUAUCGGCGGGCAUACGACUUGGGCCAGCGGUAGUGACGCUUUCGAAGCGGACAAGAUGAGCGAGGGCCCGGACGGCGAUGACGGCGUGUCGAGCGUCAGCGUCGACAACCUCAGCGACGAGGGCAAUGCCAGCCUUGUCGGCUUCGGUGAGGGCGCCAACAGUACCAUCAGCGGGCCGACCUCGCGCCCUGCUGGCCUCAACCGUGUCUCCUCCGGCGGCCUCAGUGCCCGCCCCACCUCCAUGGGCAGCGCCUCUGUCUCCCGGCCUAACCCGGUCGCCUCCUACCUCCAGCAGCAGCAGCAGCAGCAGGACCUAGCCGGAGACAGCCCCAUGCAUUCUGCCUCUCCGGCUGGCUCGAAUACCCCCGAGCCGGUGAAUGAGGACGCUCGCAUGAUGGAUGGCAUGACCUUCGACCCCGAUGUUGUCGACACAACGGCUCGCACACCGCGGCUAGUUACACCGUCAAACAGGAGCACCAGUGGUCAUGAUACACUGGGCCGCGAGUGA